UAGAAUGGGACCGCACUUUUGGACCCCCUAAAAUCUGCCUAACUCAGUUUCCCACAGCCCCCCACUCCAUAUCCACCUCCCCUACACCUUUCCCUGACCUCCAAGCCACCCAGAGACCCCCUUACCCUCCCUGAGCCCUGGAGUCCCCCAACGUUCUAGUCCCCUUGACUACCUGCUCUUAUGUACAGAUCUAUACGUUGUGUAGUAUGCCAUCACGAUGGAGGAGUUCCUGGCAAAACUGUGUGGCACCAGUCCAGCCCAGCCGCUCCCACUCUGGGUGGAAGGCACCACGGGACACUGCUUCACCCAGCUGAUCUUGAAUACCCUUCCCCAUGCGCUCCUUGCUCUGCUCAGCGCCUGCUAUCUGGGCACUCCGAGGUGCUUGGGCUCCAUCACCCGCAGCAGCCCUGGCUGGAGGCUGAGGGUCACUGCCUCCUUCCUGCUCUCAGCCCUCCCUUUGCUGGACCUGCUUCCCGCAGCUGGGCCCCCACAGGCGGGCCCCGGGCCCCUGGGACUGGAGGUUUUGGCCGGGGGCACGGCAGCGGUGGCCUGGCUCACGCACGGCCUGACGCUGAGGGCGCUGGCCCGGUCGUCUCACGGCCGCUGUCGCGGGCCUCCGGCCCUGGCUCUGACUGCCCUCCUGUCCACCCCCGCCCUGGUGCUGACCCUGUUCUGGCACUGCCAGCGGGGCACGCUCCUGCCCCCGCCGCGCCCGGGACCCCUGGCCCGCUUCUGCCUCCUCGUCCUGCAGUUGGCCACCCUCCUGGCCUACGGUUUGGGCUGGGCACUGCCCGGGGACCGCCGCCCGGCACCUGGGGACCACGAGCCACUCCUGCCGGAGCCGGAGGAGCCCGAGGGCACCGAGGACGGAGAGAGCUGGCUGUCGUGCCUGUCCUACGCCUGGCUGGCCCCCUUGCUGGACCGGGGAAGCCGAGGGCAGCUCCGCCAGCCCCGGAACACCUGCCUUCUGCCCGCGGGGUUGCGCACGGCCCCCGUAGGCCGCCUCUUCUGGGCGUGCUGGCGGGAGCAGGCGGGGGCAGGGCCCCCGCGUCUGUGGCGGGUGCUGCUCUCUGCCUUCGGGCGCCGUUAUCUGGCUCUGGGGCUGCUGAAACUGGCGGGGACGGCUCUGGGGUUCUCCGGGCCCCUGCUGCUCUCCCUCCUGGUGGGCUUCCUGGAGCAGGGCCACCAAGAGCUCAGCUGGGGGCUGCUGUACGCGUUGGGGCUGGCGGCGGGGGCCACGGCCGGGGCCCUCCUGCGGAACCAGUACGGCUACCGAGUGCAGAAGGUGGUGCUGCGGGUGCGGGCGGCCGUGCUCGGGGCCCUCUACCGGAAGGCCUUGCGCUUGGGGCCCAUCAGGCCCUCCACCGGCGAGGUGCUCAACCUCCUGGGCACCGACGCGGAGCGGCUGCUCAACCUGGCCCCGAGCUUCCACGAGGCCUGGGGCCUGCCCCUGCAGCUGGCCGUAACCCUCUACCUCCUCUACCAGCAGGUGGGCCUGGCCUUCCUCGGGGGGCUGGGCCUGGCGCUGCUGCUGGUACCGGUCAACAAGGUGCUGGCCACCCGCAUUAUGGUCAACAACCAGGAGAUGCUGAGGCACAAGGAUGCCCGAGUCAAGCUGAUGACAGAGCUGCUCGGCGGCAUGCGGGUCACCAAGUUCUGCGCGUGGGAGCAAGCCCUGGGGGCCCGCGUGGAGGACUGCCGAGCCCGGGAGCUGCAGAGCCUCCGGGCCAUCAAGUUCCUGGAUGCAGCCUGCGUGUACCUGUGGGCAGCCCUGCCCGUGGUUAUCUCCAUCCUCAUCUUCAUCACCUACGUCCUCAUGGGCAACCAGCUCACCGCCACCAAGGUGUUCACGGCUUUGGCCCUCGUGGGCAUGCUGAUUCUGCCGCUCAACAACUUCCCUUGGGUCCUCAAUGCCCUCCUGGAGGCCAAGGUGUCUCUGGGCCGGAUCCAGUGUUUCCUCGAUCUUCCAGACCACGACCCCAAGUCCUACUACCACCCAGAGCCUCCCUCUGAUCCAUCAGUUGAGCUGAAGUUGCAUGAAGCCUCAUUCUCCUGGGCCUUGCCUGGGAAUGGCCUGGACAUCGUCAUUCCCCACCUCACGGUGCACAAGGGGGCUCUGGUGGGCAUCGUGGGCAAAGUAGGCUGUGGAAAGAGCUCUCUGCUGGCUGCCAUCACUGGGGAACUCAACAGGCUGGGCGGAUGGGUGGCAGUACGAGACAUAGACCAGGGCUUUGGCCUGGCCACCCAGGAGCCCUGGAUCCAGUUUGCCACCGUGCGGGACAACAUCCUCUUUGGGAAGGCCAUGGAUACUCGCCUCUACCAGGAGGUCUUGGAAGCCUGUGCCCUCUGGGAUGACCUGAAGAUUCUGCCUGCCGGGGACCAAACGGAGGUGGGGGAGAAGGGCGUGACCCUCAGCGGAGGACAGCGGGCCCGCAUCGCCCUUGCCCGAGCAGUCUACCAGGAGAAGGAGCUCUAUCUGUUAGAUGACCCGUUAGCCGCUGUGGAUGCGAAUGUGGCCAAUCACCUUCUGCACAAGUGCAUCCUGGGAAUCCUGGGCCACACCACCCGCCUGCUGUUCACCCACCGGACCGAGUUCUUGGAGCAAGCCGACCUGGUGCUCUUGCUGGAAGGGGGGCGCCUGGUGCAGGCAGGACCCCCAUCGGAGAUACUCCCCCUGGUACAGAUCACCCCUCUGGCCCGGACCAUGGAUGGACAGGAGCCAGAGCCAGCAGAAGCCAGCCCGGCAGCCCCGAGCCCCCGGGAGGCAGAGCCGGGACCAGGGGAAGGGACUCAAGCCCCUAGCGGCCUCCUGCAAGAGGAGGAGAAGAAGGAGGGCGCGGUGGCCUUCCAGGUGUACCAAGCUUACUGGGCAGCCGUGGGCGGAGGGAUGGCCUUGGCCAUCCUCCUCUCCCUGCUCCUCAUGCAAGGCACCCGGAAUGCAGCCGACUGGUGGCUCUCUCACUGGAUCUCCCAGCUGAAGGCCAAUGAGAACAGCACCCAAGGGGCCGCGGCGUUUCUCUCCCCUCAGCUGCUCCUUUUCUCCGCUGGAGAUCUCCUCACCCCGGUGCCCCCGAUGGGCCGCAGCUCCUCCACAAACAGCUCCCUGGACGUGCGGUUCUACCUGACGGUGUACGGCUCUAUCGCCGGGGCCAACUCCCUCUGCACACUCCUGCGCGCCCUGCUGUUUGCGGCGGGCACCCUGAGGGCGGCUGCCACCCUCCACCGUCGUCUGCUGCGCCGUGUGCUCAUGGCCCCGGUCACGUUCUUCGAGGCCACGCCAACAGGCCGCAUCGUGAACCGCUUCUCGUCGGACGUCGCCUGCGUAGACGACAGCCUCCCCUUCGUCCUGAACAUCCUGCUGGCCAACGCGUUCGGGCUGCUGGGCCUCGUGACGGUGCUGGCUGCCGGGCUGCCCUGGCUGCUGCUGCUGCUGCCGGCCCUGGGGGCCCUCUACCUCUCCGUGCAGCGUCGCUACCGGGCCUCGGCCCGCGAGCUGCGGCGCCUCUGUAGCCUCACCCUGUCCCCCCUCUACACCCACCUGGCCGAGAGCCUGGCUGGACUCGGUGUCCUCCGGGCCACCCGUGCCGUGCCCCGGUUCAUGGACGACUAUGAGCGACUGCUGGAGGACAGUCAGCGCUGCCAGUUUGCCGCCAAGGCCACCCUGCAGUGGCUGGACAUCCGCCUGCAGCUGAUGGGCGCUGCGGUGGUCAGCGCCAUUGCGGGCAUAGCCCUGGCCCAACACAGCCAGCGACUCGCCAACCCAGGGCUCGUGGGACUGGCCCUGUCCUACGCCCUGUCCCUGACGGAUCUGCUCUCGGGGUUGGUGAGCACCAUGACGCAGACCGAAACGAUGAUGGUGAGCGUGGAGAGGGUGGAGGAGUAUGCCAGCACCCUGCCUAGUGAACCUCAGGACCAGUCGCUCAAGGGGUUCCCAAACUGGCUGACCCGGGGCCAGGUGGAAUUCCAGGAUGUGUCCCUGCGGUACCGACCGGGGCUGCCCCCGGCUCUGGCUGGCGUCAGCUUCACGGUGUUUCCCGGAGAGAAGCUGGGCAUCGUGGGCCGCACCGGCUCUGGCAAGUCCUCCCUCCUGCUAGUGCUCUUCCGCCUGCUGGAACCCAGCGCCGGCCGCGUGCUGCUGGAUGGCACGGACACUACUCGGCUCCACCUGCGGCAGCUCAGGUCCAGCCUGGCCAUCAUCCCUCAGGAGCCCUUCCUGUUCAGCGGGACGGUGCGGGACAACCUGGACCCCCAGGGCCGGCACGAGGACGCCACCCUCUGCGAAGCCCUGGGCCAGUGUCACCUGCUCCAAGUCAUCGCGUCCCUGGGUGGCCUGGAUGCGGAGCUGGGGGAAGGGGGCCGCCUCCUGUCCCUGGGCCAGAGGCAGCUGCUGUGCCUGGCGAGAGCCCUUCUCACCGACGCCAAGAUCCUCUGCAUCGACGAGGCCACGGCCAGCGUGGACCAACGGACGGACCAGCUGAUCCAGCAGACCAUCCGUCAGCGCUUUGCUAACAAGACCGUGCUGACCAUCGCCCACAGGCUCGACACCAUCCUGGACUCAGACCGGGUGCUGGUGCUGCAGGCAGGCAAGGUGGCGGAAAUGGACACGCCCGCCGCCCUGUGCAGCCGCCCCGACUCCAUCUUCCACCGGCUGCUCCAGAACAGCCAGAGGUGAUUGGGCCAGCCCCCGACCGCGCAAAGCAGAUGGACACUGACCUACCUCGGGGACGGCUCUGGCUUCCCCUACAGCAAGGCCCUGGGACCACCACGCCCACCUCUCGCUUCCCUGCCGGGCAGCAAACCUUCCUCAUAACGACAACAUCUGCGGUAUUUGUUCAGCACUUGCCGCGGGUCAAGCACUGGAGGAGAUGCAGGAUAAUCCGGUCAGACACGGCCCCCUUGGUACAUGGGGCUCUCAGUCUAAGAUGAUGCAACUGGUAUUUAAUUCUCCUUUUUCAGAUGAGAAAACCGAGGUCCAGAGAAGUGAAGUGACUUGCCCAAGGUCUCACAGCAGCAAGUGGCGGAGCCCGGAAUAUAGCCCAGGGGCUCUGAUCCCUGGGUCUAUGCUCCUUCCUCUUGGCCGCGCUCCUUCCAAGUGGCAGCUACCCUUUUCCUCCCUCCCUAAGACCGGGCAAGCCUUCUCUCUCUUCCCAAGUGCAGAGAAGCAGUGAAGCC